AUGUGGAAGGAGGUGUAUUUAUACGUGCAGCUCGUAGAGCUGAAAAACAGCGAGACGUUCAAUGGCCACCUGGUCGCCUGCGAUAACUACAUGAAUAUCACCCUGCGUGACGUGUACCAGACGAGUCCGCAGAGUGGCGAGCAGUUCUGGAAAAUGCCCGAAGUGUACAUCAAGGGCAGCACGAUCAAGUACUGCCGCGUCGCCGAUGACUUGAUUGACGCUGUGCGUGAGUCGGAAGAACAGGCACGCAAGCAACGGCAACAAGCUGCGAAUAACCAACGUGGUCAUGGCCGAGGAGGACGUGGACAGCGUCACGGCCAUCACCACCGUGGCGAGCAUGCGCAUGGCCACCGCGUCCGCGCUUAA